AUGCACGUAACACUCGUCACUGAGAUACGGCGCGCGUGCUCCUCGCUCAACGUGCCUCGAGUCACUGAACGCCGAGCCAGCCGCCAGUCGCCAGUCGCCACUCGCCAGACGGCUCACGGCUCACGGCUCACGGCUCACGGCUCACGGCCUGAACGGUUCCACAGUCCUCGGCCUGAUCCAGACACAAUGUGCAAUUCUAAAGUGAAAGUACUGUAUCGCUGCGACCCUGAUGUUAAAAUAUCCCAUACACACACCAUGUACACAUUCAACACCAUGAGUGAGAUCCGCUCACUAGAUGUGAACCUCCAUCCUGACCUUUGA